CCUGUCGAGGACGUCGUUCAUCAGUACGCAAGAUGUUAUCGGCGGGAUAGGACGUCUCCACCUCCGGCGUGCAGUACCGGCGUGUUUUACUCUGCACACUCGUCCAUUUGAUAACACGAAUCUCGUCUCCGGAAGAUCUCGCCGCAGAUUCGGAUUAGCGGACUCCUUCUAUCGGAGGUAGAUCAUCAGAGAUCUUCGUGAGAAAUUCGAAUACCUCAAGCUAAUUAGAUAAUAUCGGCGUUUUUAUCUUGGUAUAAAUCUCUCGUGGAUGAGAUCACUCACAGUCGACAGUCAAUUAUACCGGAAACCGAGUCCAAGAAUUGCGCUUCUUUAUUUUCUGUAAACACGCAAGAAUUGACGUCAUUCAACGUUAUAAAAUAAAUCCGUCGUGGACGCCGCAGCAAUUCGUUUGCAGUUCUGUGAAAUGGUGCGAGCGCAGCCUGCGUUCUUAUUGACGGGACGCCGUAGAACGACGUCGUCCGCCCAGACGAAUCGAUAAACUGGUGCGAGGUGUUGCGGCGGUGGAUAUUCGAGCCGUCCCCGAAGGAAAGCAUCCGGGUAUCGCCGGGUUGAUUUUCGUACAGUGUACUUUCCGUACGGCCGCGAUCAGGAUGAUGGUUUGUUGGAUCCUCGUCGGGGUUUUCGGUGCUAUCGUGCUCAUUUACAGUCUUGUCGAAUUUAAUUACUUUCUGCAUACGUUCCUCGUUCUCGCCUUCGCACGAUAUUGCAGAAAGAAGGUGAACAUUCUCGACGAAACCGUAAUCUAUGGAUUUUGCACUAUUAAUGAUGUGGACACGUUUCUAUAUCACAUGAACAACUCGAGAUAUUUUCGCGAGCUCGACUUUGCCAGACUCGACUUUUACGAGAGAACCGAUCUAUACCGAGAGAUUUGCUCUCAAGGAUCGAGCAUUUUGCAAGGAGCUGCAACCAUACGCUACAGACGUUUUAUCAAGCCGCUAACGAUCUUUAAAAUAACAUCUAAGAUUAUUUAUUGGGAUGAGAAAGGUUUUUUCAUGGAGCAUCGAUUUAUUACGCCAAGCGAUGGUUUCAUAAGAGCAAUUGCGAUUUGCAGACAGAAACUUCUUAACGGUAACGCUGAUACUAUAAUUGAUGCUCUCUUGAAUCGUAGAGUGAAACAGAAUGGAAAUGUUGAAGCAGGUAUAACGCAGGUCCGGCUGGAGAUGCCACCCGAGGUGAGCAAGUGGAUAGAGAGCAACGAGAUAUCCUCAGCAAUGUUACGACAGGAACCGAUUACGAUGAUAACGCGCUGCUGACAAACGGACGUCGCGACAUCCAGUGGUGAUGUCGUUUCGGCACCAAUAUACACAACCACAAUCGCAAGUGGAAUAUCGAGAUGAACGAACUCCAGUCCUUAAUCAUUGGAUCGUUCUGACAAUUCCAGAAUGAGCGACUAUUCUUAAUAGUUCUCACAACUUGUGUAUUUAAUUAUUACUUUUGACGAAUGCGACCUUUCGACAAAAUAAAUGAUAAAAAUAAGUGAUAAAAACGACCUACAAGACGAGCCUGGUGUUUCGUAAUCGAGAUAAAAUAAAAACAAUUAAUGUAAUCGCAUCGAGCGAUCAUCACUUCUCAGUAUUUUCUAAUGUUUCUAUUGAAACAUGGAUAAAACAAAUAUUUAGAAUAAUAAUAAUUAUAUAUAAUAGAUAAAUUCCUAAACAAAAAUUUUAGAAGAAUAUAAUAAUUUUUUGUUACUUAUCUUUAUACUUUAUAAUUACAUAUUAUUUUAUCUGAGCGCGUAAAAAAUUAAUAUAAGAUGUUACGUGAAAAUAUUGAAGUUUUAAUUGAAAUUUUUAAAGUAAAUUAGUAUACACAGCACAAAUUGAACAUUAAGAAAAUUGUAUAUUUUUACAUUAAAUGAUCAAAAAAUAUCUCAAAAUUAGAAGCGCGGUGUAGUUUUCUGAGUACUUUGUUACUCAUGUUAAUUUAUCUGAAUUGAAUAUUACUAUUGUAUGUAAAAAAUAAAUAGAAUGCUCUUUUAAUAUGCAAUCUAAUAAAUAACUAUAACUGGUUAAAUAUCUUAUACUAUAUGUUGUAUAUUAUGCGUUAAAAAUUUUUUUACGUGCAUAAUCAAAUUGUGUCGAUUGUGAAUACGGCAGGGAAAUAACAAGUAUUAGUUUAUCUAUUAUGUAACAAUGAUUGUCUGUGUAUUUAUAUCGUAUAUUAGGUGCCUUCAUACAUUGAAAGAAAUAUAUCUAUGUAUUAAACUAAAUACACAUUAUUUUGUACUUUGUUUUUUUAAAGUUAUAUAAAUAAUAUUUUUAUUUUGCUUCUUUUGCUUACGUGCAACGACUAUAUACGACAUUGUAAUUGAUGAAAUAUGCGCAACGUGAGCAUAAAUGAUUUGCGAAUUA